AUAGAGUCACAAGAAACCGAGGCAGGAUCUGCCAUUGGUGGCCAUGGUGGCGCAUCCGUCAUGCUACAGUUUCACGCAGUCCUUGGCCACCACUAUAAAUAACCAUUCCCUCCUCUUCCCUCCCAUCACAUCCACUGCCUUUCCCGUACCUGUCCAAUUCUCAAAACUCACUUCAAUCUCUCCGUUACCAUCCAUCUUUGCCUUUCAGAGGAGGGGUUUGGGAUCGAGGGAAAAGAAGGUAAAGAGAGAGAUGACGAUCAAGCCGGCGGUUCGGAUCUCGGACCGGAAGCUGGUGGUGAAGGACCGGACCAUCCUAACGAACGUGCCGGACAAUGUGGUCGCUACGUCCGGUUCGACAUCGGGCCCGGUCGAGGGAGUAUUUCUCGGGCCGGUCUUCGACGAGGAGAGCAGCCGACACGUGGUGUCGCUCGGGAACCUGCGCGAGGUCCGGUUCAUGGCAUGCUUCCGGUUCAAGCUCUGGUGGAUGGCCCAGAAAAUGGGCGUCCGGGGGAGCGAUAUUCCGCUGGAAACGCAGUUCUUGUUGGUCGAAACCAAGGACGGGUCUCACCUCGAAUCGGACGGUGGGAAUGAAGAAAAUCAGAUCGUGUACACAGUCUUCCUCCCUCUGAUCGAAGGCCCGUUUCGGGCCUGUUUACAGGGCAACGCGCAAGACGAAGUUGAGCUUUGUUUGGAAAGCGGCGACACUGAAACGACGUCGUCGGCUUUCAGUUAUUCGGUGUAUGUCAGCGCAGGGACGGACCCGUAUGCGACCAUCACGGACGCGAUCAGGGCCGUCAAAUCGCAUCUGAAAACGUUCCGGCAGCGGCACGAGAAACGGUUGCCUGGAAUCGUAGACUACUUCGGGUGGUGCACCUGGGACGCGUUCUACCAGGAGGUGACUCAGGAGGGCGUCGAGGCCGGCCUCCAGAGCCUCGCCUCCGGCGGCGCGCCUCCGAAGUUCGUGAUUAUCGACGAUGGAUGGCAGUCCGUCGGCGGCGACCUCGAACAGCCGCAACCGCUGAUGCGACUCACCGGAAUCAAAGAGAACUCAAAAUUUCAGAGCAAGGAGGAUCCGGCGGCUGGGAUCAAGAGCAUCGUCAACAUCGCCAAAGAGAAACACGGAUUGAAGUACGUCUACGUCUGGCACGCAAUCACCGGAUACUGGGGCGGCGUCCGGCCGGGGGUAAAGGAGAUGGAGCAAUACGGAUCAUUGAUGAAGUACCCGAUGGUGUCGAAGGGCGUGGUAGAGAACGAGCCGGGAUGGAAGACGGACGCGAUUGCGGUGCAGGGACUUGGUCUUGUGAAUCCGAAGAACGUGUACAAAUUCUACAACGAGCUUCAUACCUACCUGGCGGCGGCGGGGAUCGACGGCGUGAAGGUGGACGUUCAGUGCAUAUUGGAAACCCUAGGCGCCGGGUUGGGCGGCCGGGUCGAGCUGACCCGACAGUAUCACCAGGCGCUUGAUGCUUCCGUGGCGAAGAACUUUCCGGAGAAUGGCUGCAUCGCCUGCAUGAGCCACAAUACUGAUGCGCUCUACUGCUCUAAACAGACGGCUGUGGUGAGGGCAUCAGACGAUUUCUACCCGCGCGAUCCGGUGUCGCACACCAUCCACAUAGCCGCGGUUGCAUACAAUAGUGUCUUCCUCGGAGAGUUCAUGCAGCCUGACUGGGAUAUGUUCCACUCGCUCCAUCAGGCAGCUGAGUAUCACGCCUCGGCCCGAGCCAUCAGCGGCGGGCCCGUUUACGUCAGUGAUGCACCUGGGAAGCAUAAUUUUGAUCUCUUGAAAAAACUCGUCUUGCCCGAUGGGUCGAUCCUCAGGGCCCGCUUACCGGGCCGGCCCACCACAGAUUGCCUCUUCUCUGACCCGGCCCGUGAUGGUAUUAGCCUGUUGAAGAUAUGGAACAUGAACAAAUACACUGGAGUUCUUGGAGUCUACAACUGCCAAGGUGCAGCCUGGAACAUCAUUGAGAGAAAGAACACCUUCCACCCCACCAGCGCCGAGGCGAUAACCGGCUUUCUCAGGGGCCGGGAUGUCCACCUCAUCCGCGAGGCUGCCACAGAUCCCGCUUGGAAUGGUGACUGUGCAGUCUACUGCCAUCUAAGCCGCGAGCUGGUCACACUGCCUUACAAUGCUGCAAUGCCCAUAUCCCUAAAGGUCCUCGAACAUGAAAUCUUCACCGUUACACCCAUCAGGGUCUUGGGCCCUGGCUUUAGAUUCGCACCCUUGGGGCUCAUUGACAUGUUCAAUGCUGGUGGAGCAAUUGAAGGGCUCAAAUACGAAGUUAAAGCAGGUGCCAAUUUGUUUGAACUAGAAGAUGGGUAUAGAGGUGAAGGAAAUGAAUUGGCCGCAGAGAAGAUUGAGAACUUGAGCUCGGAAUUGGUUGCCACUGUCUGGAUGGAGGUUAAAGGGUGUGGCCGGUUUGGUGCUUAUUCGUCUGCUAAGCCAAGGAAGUGCACUGUGGGAUCAGCCAUUGUUGAUUUCAAGUACGAUUCAGUGUCUGGUUUGGUGACUUGGAGCUUGGAUCAUAUGCCUGGGAAGGAGCACAAGUAUCACAUUGUUGAGAUUGAGAUAUGAUUGAUUGUAGUUGAGCCACACAAGAGAGAUUGAAGAGGGAACUUCUAGUAGUUAUGAUCUUUGUCAUGAAACAUAUUGUAUCGUUCCCUCUGGUAUUGAUUUAAUUAGCUUCAUGACUUUCAAUGGUUUUAUGUAAAACAUUGGAAGGAGAAGUAAGAGAUUCAAAUAA